AUCUCUAUUAUUCCAUGUAGAAGAGACCGAAGGGAGCAAGCAAUAUUUGGAGGAAAAGAUAACACUUGUUCGUUUCUGAAAAACAUCAACAAAUCUUGUCUCGAAGAAGCAAUGGAAGAGAGAGAGCUUGAGUCCGUAUCAGAAGUUGAGCCCGUUCCAAGCCACAAAUGGAUUUUCGAGACCAUUCCACACAGCUACCAUGUGCUCCUGGUGUUGGCCUCCAUCCUCACUAUUUCCCCCGUGAUAUUAGUGACCGAAUACCAAGACUUGGAUCCUUUUGUUUUGGCCUCAGUCCGCAGUGCCAUCAUUUCAUUGCUUCGGCUUUUUAUACUGUGUCCGUAUACUACAGUUUCCGUUACAUGAACUUGGCAGAUUCUCGAACCAUUUCGGCUUUUCAACCCGUUCUCGUGUCCAUCAUCGCUUGUGUGGUCUUGUCCGAAUCGUGUGGAAAGAUGGACUAUUUGGCCCAUGCGCUCUUUGGGAUGGCCACCCUGAUCCUCAUGAGACCAGCUUUGGUUUUUGGAUUGCCUGGGGACUCUAUUCUCAGUCGACAGUAUUUGAUGGACUUCAUGCUCACCACGGCCGGGACCUUCUUUCAAGCUGGUGGUUUCACCGCCACCCGAGUGGUGCUUGAUGUGGAUGUAUGUGUGAUUUUGAUAUGGAAUGGUUUGUUCGCCAUCAUUCCAUCUUUGGCACUCUCGUUGAUUUUUGGCACGUUCCAUUUGCCAACAGCGGAACAUGCAAAUGUCCUUAUCAUUUGUGGAGUUAUGGCCUUUCUCGGACAAGGAUGCUUAACCAUAGCCUUGCAGGUGGAAGAGGCUGGAAAAGUGGCCUUAAUAUCAAAAUCGUAUGAUAUGAUUGUGACUUUUAUGAUCCAAGUGGCCUUUUAUGAGGCGGUUAUAGACCUUCACACUUCUGUUGGAUUUGCUUUGCUCGUUAUGGCCAUGGUGAUCAUGACUUUGAAGCUUCACAUGGAUUCUUCAUAUCAAAGGCUGGACGGUGGAAAAUGUUGGUGGAUUGAAUACACUUGAAACCAUCUGAAGUUUGUGCUCAUUCUGGUGCAAUUUGAGAGACUGUCAAUAUUUCUGAUGGGCUUAAUUAUCAAAAAGCCCCGCGAUGGUGGCGGUCAACUUUGGUGUCAGAAAUCAACCCAAACUCCACGGGAGGACUGGAAUUUUUUUUUAAACCAUCCUGCUGAGGGUUGAAACCUGAUUGACUCCGAAUCUAAUCCUGGUUGCAAUUACUUUUUGACAAAGAAUGCUCUUUUGUGGUAAUCUUCUCGUAAUUGAAAACAAGCGCAACCGUUGAGAUGGA